ACCAGCACCAGCACCAUGAGGAGGAGAGCUGGCCUGGGGGGCAGCAUGAGGUCAGUAGUGGGCUUCUUGUCCCAGAGGGGCUUGCAGGGAGACCCCCUGCUCACCCAGGACUUUCAGAGGAGACGCCUGCGAGGCUGUAGAAACCUCUACAAGAAGGAUCUCCUGGGCCACUUCGGCUGUGUCAAUGCCAUUGAAUUCUCCAACAAUGGAGGCCAGUGGCUGGUCUCAGGUGGAGAUGACCGUCGAGUUCUACUGUGGCAUAUGGAACAAGCAAUCCACUCCAGAGUCAAGCCUAUUCAGCUCAAAGGAGAGCAUCAUUCUAACAUCUUCUGCCUAGCUUUUAAUAGUGGCAACACCAGAGUCUUUUCUGGAGGUAAUGAUGAACAGGUUUUGCUCCAUGAUGUUGACAGUGGUGAAACCUUGGAUGUAUUUGCCCAUGAGGAUGCAGUGUAUGGGCUUUCAGUGAGUCCAGUGAAUGAUAAUGUUUUUGCAAGCUCAUCUGAUGAUGGCCGAGUUCUCAUUUGGGAUAUCAGAGAAUCUUCCCAGGGAGAGCCUUUCUGCUUGGCAAGUUAUCCAUCAGCCUUUCAUAGUGUGAUGUUCAAUCCAGUAGAGCCUAGAUUACUGGCCACUGCCAACUCAAAAGAAGGUGUAGGACUCUGGGACAUUCGCAAACCCCAAAGUUCCCUGCUUCGGUAUGGUGGAAACCUAUCACUUCAGAGUGCCAUGAGUGUGCGGUUUAACAGCAAUGGAACACAGCUGCUUGCUCUCAGACGUCGACUGCCACCAGUCCUUUAUGACAUCCACUCCCGUCUACCUGUCUUCCAGUUUGAUAACCAGGGUUACUUUAACUCUUGCACCAUGAAAAGCUGCUGUUUUGCAGGCGAUCGUGAUCAGUACAUUCUCUCUGGCUCUGAUGACUUCAAUUUAUACAUGUGGAGAAUUCCUCCAGAUCCAGAAGCUGGUGGAAUUGGCAGGGUGGUUAAUGGUGCCUUUAUGGUCUUGAAAGGACAUCGUUCCAUUGUGAACCAGGUUCGGUUUAAUCCUCACACCUACAUGAUCUGCUCCUCCGGCGUGGAAAAGAUUAUAAAGAUCUGGAGUCCGUAUCGGCAGCCGGGUUGCACAGGAGAUCUGGAUGGUAAAAUCGAGGAUGAUUCGCGAUGUCUGUAUACUCAUGAAGAGUACAUCAGUCUUGUGCUGAACAGCGGCAGUGGCCUGUCCCAUGAUUAUGCCAAUCAGUCAGUCCAGGAGGAUCCACGAAUGAUGGCCUUCUUUGACUCCCUGGUCCGCAGAGAGAUUGAGGGAUGGAGCUCAGAUUCAGACAGUGACCUCAGUGAAAGCACUCUCCUGCAGCUGCAUGCAGGAGUAAGCGAACGCUCAGGUUACAGUGAAUCUGAGUCCUCGGCUUCUCUGCGUCACUCCCCACCUCACAUGACGGAAGAAUCCGAUGAACCUGCAUACAAUUUGGGAACCUUGAGACCUACUGAAUCUUCACCCACAAGAGAAACUGUGGCCGUUCGUCAGCAGAGGUUAUCUGCAUUGAGGAGGUAUCAAGACAAAUGUCUUCUUGCUCUUUCUAAUGAGUCUGAUUCUGAUGAAAAUACCUGUGAAACUGAGUUGGAUGCUGAUCUUUUUCCAAGGCCGAGGUCCCCAAGCCCUGAAGAGAAUGAAUCCAGCAGUUCCAGUAGCAGCAGCAGCAGCGAAGAUGAGGAGGAGCUGAAUGAGCGGCAUGCCGCAACCCGGCAGCGCAAUGCACUGAGGCGCAGACAGAAGCCACAGAAGGAAGAAAGGACUAAUGCAAACAGAGAAAACACAAGCACCUAUAUAGGUGAAGACCUCUAUGAUUACCCUCAGAUCAAAGUGGACGACCUCUCACCUUCUCCUGCUUCAUCUCCUGAAAGGAGUACUGCAAAUGCAGAAGUCCGCAAAGAAAAAAUAUCCUCAUGCUCAGAAACUGAAUCUGUAGACAGGAAGAUCUACAAAGCUUUCAGGUGGCUUCAUUAUUCUUAUAUGUCAUAUGCAGCUAAUAAAGAUGGUGAAUCCUCACGCGGAGGUGGAGAAAGUGAGGGGAGACCAGGAACUAGCAGAAAAAGUCAAGGUGGCCAGGAUCCUUCUAUUGAAAACUGUAACAAAGAAAACUUAAAGGAACGUAGCUCAGCAGAAAACUCCAGAAACAGUCAAGAUUAUGAUCAUGAUAAUCGGCGACAGCUAGAAGACCAGGAAAGCCUUGCUCAAGAUACUGGGAGUAGUGGGUCUGUGGAUCAUGCUUUUGAAUCCAAGAAGCUCAAUGGAAAAGCCAUUUGCAAAGAACGAAGCAGUUACAUUGAAGAACCAUGCAAUCAGUCUGCAGGAUUUGUGGAGCAGAAAAAUAACCAGAAUUGUCAACCAGCAUCCAGCCACAACCCAUUGGCUGUUUCUAAGGAUACAUUUUCUAUUACUGCCAAUUCUAGUGGAUCCGGAAAUUGCCCUAGAAGCCCCGCAGAUGACAAUGAGGACAGGAGCACUGACAAUUCCUGCUCGAAUCACAAUAAUGGGCACUUACACUCUCGCUCUUCUUACCUUAACAAGAGACAGAGCGUUGGAGAGCAGGAGGCCCUGGCCCAAGGAAGACAAUUACUUUUAAAUGCUGAUAAUGGCAGUCUUGUGCAGACAUGCACAUCCUUGCAUAAGGAAUGCUGCCUGUCUGCAACAGACUCUUCCAGUCACAGCAUGAGCAAGAAAGAGGAUGUGGCCGAGUUGCAUCCCGCAGAUAGUGAUGGCACGCAAAUCCAUGGACGGCAGAAAAGGCACAGAGCAGAGUUUGAAGACACAGAUUCUGAGAAGUCUUCCUCAGAAAAGAAGUUAAAAACACAUGCAGCCUGGUUCUGAAAUGUUGCAUUUCCAGCUCUCCAUUCCAUUCUUCACCGGGUCUAUUUUAAAUUGCCAGGGGCUAUGUUGUAUAAAAAAAAUCUAAUCAACUCCUUUAAAAUGAGACUGCGUAUAGUGUACCCUUACAAGGUUUUGUUCAAGUAAAUCCUUAUUCAGACAGUUGACUUAUUCUUGUGUGAUGUGUGGUGUUUCUUCAGCUAGCUACCUAAUGUAGCUAUUGUACAUUUUAUUCUUCUGAAAAGAAUUAUUUGUGUGUUGAUACUGUGGGUUUUAUAGUCUCAUUCAGUUGAGCAAUAGGCAAAUUACAUCCUAUGACUGAUGCUUUCAGAGUGUGUUUUCUCUACAAGAAAAUGCGGGGUGGGUGGGAUUGGAUGUAGCUUUUUAACCCUUUCCUGUGCUUUUGAAGUCUUAAAAAAGAGUGACUCACUCUUGGUUCAGAAGCAUCUUCAUGGUUUAUGUAUGUGAAGUAAUAGACAUCUGUUUGUACUUAAGGUAAUCUGAUUGCUCAUUCAAGAGGCAGAAGAUGGUUUUCUUUGAUCUAGACACUUGUUAAGGUAGCAUCUAUAAUGACCUUUUUCUCUCAGAUUAACUCUCACCCAUUGCAAUGUAGCCAUAUUUGUCACUAAGCUGGAAGGCAGACUCAACUCCAGUUUUAAAUAAAUCAGAGGUAUGAUCCUGGAGUGGCAUUGACCUUCUCAUUGGCCCAUUUGCUGUCCCCAAACUUUGAACAGAUUACAAAAUAACUUGUAGCAAAGCUACAUAUCUCGCAUCUGCAUAUUGGUGGCACAGUCCAGAAAAGAUGGUUAGCGUUAAUCAAAGGAGAAGAUGCGUAAUGAUGUACCUAACAGAAACUAACUGUGAGCGUGAAUUGAAUCUUGAGAUCUGAUUCUUCUCUGUUUCUUUCUUUUUUUUUAAAGAACUGAUCUUAUUUGGAACAAUAGCCUGACUUUAGAGACCCUGAUUUUACAGUCCUGCACUACAGUACAAAAAGUGCAGAUUGAUGUAUGGUUUCCAAUUAAACAAAUAUUUUUGUGUGUA